AUGGACGUCAGCGGUCUCAAACCCGAUUUAAACUACGAGUUCAAAGUUUACGCAGAAAAUAAAAUGGGAUCAAGCGAGCCGGCUUCAACCAGAUCAGUUAAAUAUUCAGCCGACAACAAUGUGCGUUUUGACAAACCUUUGAGUGAUGUCACCAUCACUAAAUUUCCGGCGACGGCUACAUUCGAAUGCAGCCUCAACAAACCAGGCGUUCCGAUUACGUGGUAUAAAGGAAGUGAACCAAUCAGCAGAAGCCGACCUAAAUACGUCACAGAUACGUCGCAUACUGGUCACAGGCUGACCAUUCGAGAUGUAAGUGGUGGCGACGAAGGAGUUUACUCUGCUGCUUUCAAGAAUCAAAAAGUCUCGGCUAAUCUAGACUUGAAAGUGCCGCCAACGCUAUCGUCGAGUCACCUUGACAAAUCAAUUGUUCUGAAAGAAGGAGAGACCGUUUCUAUAGAAAUACCAUUUUCUUGCUGGCCGACUCCAAAGGUGGCGUGGACAUUGAACGGCAGACCUCUCUACUCCGAUCACCGAGUGUCGUGUCCUGUCAAUAAAGAUUCCACCACGUUGAAGAUCAGCAGGGCAGAUUUGAAAGAUGCUGGUCAGUACAGAGUUGUCGUUGAAAACCCCUACGGAAAAUCUUCUGUCGAUCUUGAUGUCAAAGUUCUUGGAAAGCCCAGCAUUCCAGAAAAUCUUGAAGUGACAGAAGUAACAGAAAACAGUGUUUCGUUGAAAUGGCGUCCGCCUCUACAAAAUGGCGGCAAGCCCAUAACCAGAUAUGUCAUUGAGAGGAGAGACAAAUUGAAGUCAGUCAAUUUACCUGUCGGGACAAGCGAUCGAUGUGAAUAUAGGGUUAUCAGAUUGAUCACUGGAAAUGAAUAUGUGUUGAGGGUGUCAGCCGAAAAUGAAGUUGGGCAAGGUCCCGCGGCCGAAGUGGCUCUAACCGUCAAAAGUCAAUUCUCUCCACCUUCUCCACCUCGUCGACCAUUGGUAUCGGAUGUGAAAUCGAAUUCGAUGCAAGUCUCAUGGUCGCCGCCUGACGAUAGCGGAGGUUGUCCAUUGACAGGCUAUCUCGUUGAAAGGAGAAGUGAUACAUCGAGGCAGUGGGUGUUUGUCAAUAAGGAACCAAUACCUGACACGUCUUCGACUGUUGGAGAUCUUUACGAGGGCACCACAUAUGAAUUCAGAGUUACUGCCGUUAACAAAGUAGGUUCAAGCAAGCCCAGCGAAGUUUCUAAACCUGUAACUGCAGAAUCUCAAUGGAAAAAACCAGGAAAACCCGGAAGUCCAAAAGCACGGCGAUUGGAUGACACAUCUUAUGACGUAACGUGGACUCCUCCAAUGAGUGACGGAGGAUUACCAAUCAUUUCCUAUCUUUUGGAAAACUGUGAAGAUAAAUCUGCAUACAACUGGAGACCUGUUUCAAACGGCAAUGAUGGCCUCAUAUCGGACACUAAAUACUUGGCUAAGGGACUGAAAUCAAAUAUUGACUACAGGUUCAGAGUCAGUGCUCAGAACAAAAUGGGAUUUGGUCCAAGCAGCGAAUCUGAUUGGGCUUUGGAUAGACCAAAACCUUCAGAACCGCCACGUCUGCUUUCCCACAUGAAGGACCAAGUUGUGACGUCACCGGAUAUUGUAACUUUUGAAUGCAAUGUUAUUCCGGGUUCCAGAGAUGUUCAAAUCAAAUGGUACAAAGACUCGCGUGAAAUUCGACCCAGUCGGAAAUACGACACAUUUUUCUGGGACAACAAAGCUUCAUUGGUUGUCAAGGAAACCGAACCUGGUGAUGGCGGGAGAUACAGAUGUGAAAUUGUCAACGGAAUGGGAGUCGUUGAUGACGCGGCCAUCCUCACAGUUUACAAACACCCAGAAAUUGAAUACGAUUCCCGCCUUAAACAGCCAAUAUUUUUAAAAGCCGGGAAAAAUCUUGACCUUGAUUUAACCUUUACUGGAUUUCCCACUCCGACCUGUGAUUGGACGUUAGAUGGAGGUCACGUGAGUACAGGUGGGAGGUGCAAUAUUACUUCUGGUCCAUCCCACAGUUACCUGCGCAUUAACAAUGUACAGCCAUCCGACAGUGGGACCUACAAGGUCAAGGUCGCCAACAAGGCUGGAAGUAGAAUUGCAUCCUUCGAUGUUUUCGUUAAAGACAAGCCAUCAGCUCCCAGAAAUCUUCGUGUGAACGACGUCACGAGCGACAGUGUGGAAAUUUCUUGGGAUCGAUCAUUGCAUGAUGGUGGAUCGCCCAUAACUGCUUACGUCGUUGAGAAACGAGACGCUUCAAAAAAUAACUGGAUAGGAACCUCUAGAACGUUGCCAGACGUUACGAAGAAUAGAAUCUGUAAAUUGUGGGAAGGUUGCAAUUAUUUAUUCCGCGUUGCUGCUGAGAACGAGGUGGGGUUGAGUGAGUUUGUGCAAAUCAGUCAGCCCAUCACUGCCAAACCACCUUAUACGACUCCAGAUGCACCAAUGAAUUUGCGAGCAAGUGACAUAACAAGGAACUCGAUCAGACUGACCUGGUCUGAACCAUUGAACGAUGGUGGCUCCCCAAUUGACCACUACAUAAUUGAGAGCAGAUCACCCUACAACCCGAGAUGGACCAAAGUAAGUACGGGACCAAACCGAAACCUCGAAUGUCAUGUGAGAGAUCUGGUUGAUGGAGAAAAAGAGUUCAGAGUGAUCGCUGUUAAUGAAGCGGGAAGUGGACGGCCCUCGGAUUCUACUGGGCCUAUUAAAAUUAAAGAUCCGUUCGAACGACCUGCUCCACCAGGCUUGCCAGAAAUAUCACCUCUACAAAAAGACAAGCUAAUAUUAAAAUGGAGUCGUCCACUUUUUGAUGGGGGGUGUCCAAUACUUGGAUAUAAAGUUGAAAUGAGACCGAUUGGAACGUUUUAUUGGCAGAACGCUCAUCCUACUAGCGUUAAAGACACCUCUUUGACUCUGCAAAAUUUGUUGCCAGAAACUGAUUAUGAAUUUCGUGUCAUGGCAGAAAAUAAAGCAGGGCUGAGCAAUCCUUCCGGAACAGUCAGAACACAAAAAUAUGCAGACGAACCAAUCCAGUUCAAGAGACCGCUGAGCAAUCUCAGGACAACCACCAUUGGACAGCCCGUAACUUUUGAAUGCGAAGUCACCAAACCGGAAAAAGUGGCUCAUUGGUUGAAAGAUGGAUUCGAUCUUAAACCAGGACCAAAAUAUGACAUGGGAAUGGACGGUGGAAGUUACAGAUUGACCGUACGUGAUGUGGACAGUAGAGAUGUCGGAGAUUAUGCGGUUGUCAUUAAAGGUCAUCGAUCCGAAGCACGAUUGGAUGUCGAGGCCAGUCCUCAAAUUCGCCACUCAGACCGCUUCAUGCAGCCUCUCGUUUUGAAGGCUGGCACGUCAGCAUCCGUCGAAGUUCCAUUCACAGGCAGUCCACAGCCUAAGAUCAUCUGGAACUAUGAAGGUCGUCCUUUACGCGAGUCGAGAAGAGUUCGCGUCGAUAACGACCACGAUCUCACAACUUUAAUUCUAUCGAGAGUCGAUAGAAGUGAUGCUGGAACUUAUAGUUUGAAGUUAGAAAAUGAUUUUGGUAGCGGACAACUCAAGGUCAAAGUCAUCGUUAUAGAUAAACCAUCUCCGCCAAGAGAUUUCAAAUGCAGAGAUGUUUCUGGUGAUGGCUUGACCUUGACUUGGAUGCCACCGCGUGAUGACGGAGGAAGUCCCGUGACUCAUUAUGUCAUCGAACAAAGGGAGGCACUUCGCAUGUCAUGGACACAACUAGCCUUUACCAAAGAUACUAUGUUCCGUGUUCAGAACCUCAAUGAAGGAACCAACUACUUGUUCAGAGUAGUGGCUGUUAAUGAGGUGGGCUCAAGCUCGCCCGAGGAGUUGGACAAGACUAUUACAGUGAAACCCUCGUUAUCCCCACCCCAACAGCCCCAAGCUCCUGAACCGACGAACAUCUCGAAAGAAUCAAUCAGCCUCAACUGGCCGCCAUGGAGGUACGAUGGUUCGCCUCACGUUACUGGGUACCAUGUUGAGCAGCGCAGUCUAACUCGACCUAAUUGGGUCAGGUUGACGACAUUUCCUAUCAGGAACAACAACUUCAGAGCGGGCAACUUAACUGAUGAUGGUUCAUAUCAGUUCAGGAUCAUUGCUGAAAAUGAAGCUGGACUUUCUGAACCAAGUGCAGCCACGCAACCACUCACACCUCGUGAUCCCUGGAGUAAACCAGGUCCACCGGAAGGACUUCGAGUAAGUGACGUCACAAAACAUUCGUGCAAUUUGACAUGGAAUCCUCCUUCUUACGACGGAGACGAUGAUGUCAGAGGUUACGUCAUCGAAGUGAGAAAAGGUGGAUACGGAAACUGGAACAAGGUCAACAUUGGCCACCAUGUUCUUGAGCCAAAUUUCAAAAUGACGGGACUGAGCGAGGAUGUGGAAUAUGAAUUCAGAGUGGCCGCCGAGAACAGAGCUGGCUUGGGUGCCUGCAGUGAUGUUACGCCGCCCAUCAGGACUAAGAAUAUUGUUGAAUGUUCGUACAGUUGUUACUUUCUGGGGUUGAACAUCACUUUUAGUUUUUGUUUUUGUUCGCCAACGUGUGUUUAUAGCGUUAUCGUUCAUUAUUCUUAUAUUAUAAUUUCCUUUGUGACCUGUGAAAUGUUGGUUCCAGUGCACAGCAAGGAACCGUCCGUGCUCUCUCCCAUGGUCAACAUAAGUGCACUGCAAGGUGAAACCGUCAAGUUGGAAUGCGACGUUCUACUUGGUAAACCGAGAGCCAACGUCAAAUGGUUCAAGGACGGCCAGGAACUCCAGCUCUCCAACAAAUACUCACCUGGGUACUCCAACGAUUCAGCGUACCUCUCCAUAAAUAACGUUCAACUGGCGGAUGCAGGUGUUUACACUUGUGAGGCGUACAACCAACACGGCAGAGUUAAAACUACGGCCAGACUUACUGUGCACGUGCCGCCCCUUAUUGAAAAAACGUCUCAAGUAAUGUACGAGGUGAAACGUGGGUCGACCAUCCACCUGCCAAUCAACUACUCGUCUUACCCGCCUCCGAAAGUCACAUGGAGAAAGAACGGACUACCAUUGGUCCACAUACCUGGACGAAUCAUGAUCGAAACACGUGAUCACGGUUUCUCGACCUUGACAUUAUCGGGUGUCGAACCAGAAGACGCUGCCCGAUACGAAAUAGAAGUUGAAAAUGUGGCUGGUGUGGCUAGGCUGCAGAUCGACAUCAUCGUUAAAUCUCCUCCGUCCUCCCCGACAAACAUGCGCAUUCUUUCCAUGGAAACCGACUCGGUGACACUCGCCUGGGACCAACCGGAAAUAGAUGGCGGAUCUCCGAUUACCGGUUACGUCAUUGAUAAGAGUGACGCCGCCAGAGGGCCGUGGACGACCGUUGGCAGAGUUGACAACACGGCAAGAAGCUACAAAGUCACGAGGCUGCUACCUGGCAGCCGCUACAACUUUAGAGUUUCUGGAGAGAAUGAUGUGGGCGUUGGAUAUUCCCUGGAGACUAGGGAACCAAUCGAAAUUCGCACCAUAUACGAAAUUCCCGAACCUCCGAGAUAUUUGGAAUUGAUCGACUCUAACAAAUCAUCGGUAACUCUGCAGUGGCAGCCGCCUAGAGGUCAAGUUCCAAUUCAAGGCUACAAUAUCGAGAAGAGGUCAGCCUACUCGAGCGGCCCGUUCACGCGGCUGAACGCCACGCCAAUACUGGACACGUACUACAUCGAUAAAAUUAUUUUCGACAGUGGAAGCUACGAGUACCGUGUGAUUUCAAUUGGAGAUGAUGGAGGAGAGAGUCAGCCAUCUGACGUCUUUGGUCCCAUUGUUGUCAGGGACUUGUUCGGCAAACCAUCUACACCGUCGGCUCCCACUGUAUCCGUCAUUAACAAGAACAGUGUCCAGCUGAUCUGGACACCCCCCAGAAGCACAGGUGGAGCUUCCGUAACCAACUACAUCAUUGAGUACAAGACUCCAUCUUACUACGGUUGGGUUCCUUACAACAUGAAAGGUCAGGUGGUCACUCAGCCUCAUCACGUUAUCGAUGACUUGAUCGAAGGCACGGCUUAUGAAUUCAGGAUUAGUGCAGAGAACAGGGCAGGUCUUAAGGUGCCUACCAUACACGAGCACAUCACUGACUUCACGGCCAAGCCAAACACGGACGCUUCCUUCAAAUGCAGACUCUUCUCUGAUCUGACUUACAAUGUUGUCUGGCUGAAGGAUAACGAACGUCUGCCCGCCACGAACAAGUAUGCCACAAAGAUCAAGGACAACGUGGCUGAGUUAAUUAUUCAUGACGUCACGGAGAUGGACAGGGGAAUCUAUACGUGUGAGGUCAGCAACAAGUACGGGAGGAUUACGUCAUCGGCGGCUCUCUACCUCGCAGAACUGCCACGUGUGGACUUCGACUCACGAUUACGUCAUCAACUGGUUCCGGUGGGGGGAGUGGCUAGAAUAAACCUGACCUACGAUGCUGAUCCAGCUCCUACUGUUACCUGGUACAAGAAUGGAGUCGUCAUAAAAUCCCGUGGAAACGUGAGCGUGGACAAUAAUGACGUAACAACAUGGCUGACAAUUAGAAACGUGAAGAUGGAUGAUGGUGGCGAGUAUGAAGUCAUCGUGAAAAAUGAAUGGGGCAUGUGCAGGGAGAAGUUCAUAGUGCAAGUUGUUGAUGUUCCUGGACAACCAACAGACGUUAAAGUAUCCGAAAUAGGCGCUGAUCACGUGAAACUGGAAUGGCGGACUCCAAAAUACAAUGGCGGCUGUGCAAUCGAUCGCUACAUCAUCGAGCGGAAAGAGGUGAACAGCAACUACUGGCUUCCGGUUGGAGUCGUUCCCUACACGCAGACAAACGUCAUGUGCAACGGGUUGAGACCCGGAGCUGAUCAUGUGAUGAGGGUCUUUGCUGAGAACCAACUAGGCGUCGGAGAACCCGGAUAUUUGGUCGUUCCAGUCAGAAUUAAAGCUGUGGGAGGUCACGAAAUUGAAGGAGACCUACCCGGAGUGCGUGGAUUGCGUCACGUGAAUGUCUCCCUGGGUGAGGUGACCCUGGAAUGGCAACCACCAUUGCUGGAAUCAAAGUACAAACUCAUCAACUACGUCAUCGAAAAAUUCGAAGGUCCACCAUUAGGAAAAUGGGUGAAAGUUGUCAUGCUGCCGGCCAGCGUUCAUCGGUACAAGGUCAAAGAUGUGAGGGAAGAUCUGGGCGUCAAAUUGAGGAUUUAUGGUGAAACAAACGAUGGAUUGUUCUUGAAUUAUGUCAUCUACGAUGUUCCUCCUUAUGAAAAAGCUGAAAAGAAAGCUCGUCCGAGUUCUACCGUCCUCACCUUCGGCGUACCGUCUCGACCUAUCGGUCCAAUUAUCGUCAACAAAUUAUCGCCCUGCAGUCUCGAAUUGGAAUGGAGGCCCCCACUGCAUGACGGGGAAUCAAAAGUUACCGGGUACAUAAUAGAGAUGUGCGAAGGCGUUGGGGAGUGGAAGAAGAUUGGCUACGUGCCGAGUAGCGACAACGAGUUUACAGUAGCCGGACUGACGCCUGGUCACGAAUAUUUCUUCAGAAUAUCAGCUGAAAGCAGUGCGGGUGUUGGACCUCCACUGCAGUCGGACACCAUCAGUGCCUCAGCUCCGACCGAUGCCAGCAGAAGAUUGAGGUACAAAAAUCUUAAGAAAGGUGCCGUAACUUUAAAAUGGGGUAAAAGUGAUGAUGAAGAAAAUGAAGAAGAAGAUGAAGAUGAAGAAGAAGAUGAGGAACCCACUUCAUCAAUUACUGGAUAUUUAAUCGAAAAAAUGGAUUUCACUGGAGCCGACAAAUGGACGCCUGUGCACAAGGUGCCAGCUAAAGCUCGUUCAUACGAAGUUCCAGGUCUCUUACCAGACCACAAGUAUGCUUUCAGGGUUCGGCCACUCAUCGAAACUGAAGAUGAGGAAGCAGUUAAAUCUCCUGGUCAGUAUAAAGACUACAGAGGGGCUCCACUUUUGAUGAGUCAAAACCUUCGCUUGCCUCUUUCUCCUCAAGGACCUCUGCUGGUUUCCAAGUUGGCUAAUGAUGAUGUCAUAAUCAGAUGGAGACCGCCGUUGCUUCAAAGUAGUGAUCAGCUGCCUAUAACUGGCUACGUCGUUCAAGUAAGAGAGUCCGAUAAAGAGAUAUGGACACGAGAUGAAAUUGUAGGUGGAGUUACGACCAGUUACGUGCUGCGUAAUCUGCUUCCUGGGAAAAAGUAUCAGGUAAAAGUCAUAGCCAAAAAUAGAGAUGGAGAAAGCGCUCCUCUUAUAUCUACAGAAUAUAUUAACGUUGGCGACGUGAACGUUGUAGAAGUUCCAUCAGCACCUCAGUCUUUGAGGAUAGUUAGAGUAACAGAUGACGCCAUUUCAUUAAGAUGGCAGGCUCCAAAGACGGACGGAGGUUCAGAGAUAACAAAGUAUAUAGUACUUAUGAAGAGCAAACCUUUUGAUAUAUGGGAGGAGGUGUGCGAAGUUGACGGCUACUCAACCGGAUGCACGAUUGGUGACUUGCGAUCGAGAAGCGUCAGAAGCAGAGGCAGCAUCUCCGCAAUGGAUGGCAGCGGAUUUUUCUUUGCCGUGUUUGCUAUUAAUGAAAAGGGUAGAAGCGAUCAAAUUGAAACAACCCUACCGGUACAAUUGAGAAGAUCGUCCGAGAUCAAGAGGCUAUCAAUAAACGCACCUUUUAAAAUUUCUCCCAUUGGACCACUUGUUGUUACGGCUUUCAGUGACGAUUCGGUCAGUUUGAGUUGGAGGCCUUUCACCGACUCCGAUGUAACCGGAUACAGGGUAGAAAUGCGCGAAUCCGGCCAACUAGCAUGGCAACACGUCAGCAGUGUAGAUGCAGAAGAGACUUCCUACGUUGUGAGAAACUUGAGGGAAGGCACGGAUUAUCAGUUCCGUGUGUUGGCUGAAAAUUCCGGAGGAUCGUCGUCGCCGCCCAUCACUCUUGACACUCCAUUCUCUCUCAGACAAACGUACCUGGGCAAACCUGGUUCACCAAGAGGUCCUCUGGAAACCAAUGAUAUCUCGAAGGACAGUGUGACUUUAACUUGGUUGCCUCCAUUGAGCGAUGGUGGAGCCACCAUAAAUUCUUACAUCAUAGAAAGAAAAGAUCUCCUAUCUAACAGAUGGGUUAGAGUUGCAAGGGUGAAACCCUUCACAACUUCAUACACCGUGUCCAACUUGAUUCCCGGGUCUGAGUACCUGUUCAGGAUAAUUGCUGAGAAUUCUGAAGGCCAAGGAUUGGCUUUGACAUGUGAUAGACCGGUAACACUGCACAAAAAUGUUCUUUCACGACCGCCGAGCCAUUCAAGGCCACCGUCAAAAUCUAGAUUAUCAGUUACCACAGAAGCACCGGCUCCUCCACGUGGUCCACUCGUCGUCAGCAACGUUGGCAAAAACAACUUGACUCUCUCCUGGCAACCUUCCUUCUUUGAUCUUGACCUUAACGAUUUAACUUCCGGUUACGUCAUUGAAAAAUGUGACGUCACCAGCGGUUUCCAUAAUAAUUGGAUAAGGGUGAAUAAAGUGAAGAGUUAUGUGAACUCCUACGAUGUCAACCACCUAGUUGAAGGUCAUCUUUAUAAAUUCCGAGUCAUAGCGGAAAAUCACCUUGGCAGGAGUCAAGCUCUGGAAAGCAGGGAAUCUGUUCAGACAAAGACACCUAACAAUAUUCCUGGACCUCCGUACACCGUCCGGUUGGUUGGAAUUACAGAAGACAGCCUGACCAUAGAAUGGACUGACCCAGUAAGUGAUGGUGGCGAUCCAAUUCACAGCUACGUGAUUGAAAAGAAAGAAUCCAAGAGCUCUCAUUGGAUAUCAAUCGCUCACGUGCCGGCCACCGAACGUCGUCACGUCAUUAAAAACCUCCAAUCAAGUUGCUCGUACUUUGUGAGGGUUGCCGCAGAAAACAGUGAAGGGGUAGGUUACUACAGGGAGUUCACUGAGCCCGUUACACCUACAAAGCCAAAAGAUCUUCCAUCGGCUCCCUUAAACUUUAAAAUUGAAAAUGCGACUCGUGAAUCAGUCACUUUGUCCUGGCUCCACCCAUCUGAGAGCGGAGGCGUGCCAUUGGCUGGUUUUCAGGUGGAGCAGCAGGAGGGAUGUGUUGGUGGAUCCGGCGUGAUGUCGAAGUGGCACACUGUGGGCAGACUGGAUUCCUACACGACGCAGUACACUGUGCACGGCUUGGUCCAAGGUCUGGAGUACAAUUUUAGAGUGAGAGCUGAGAAUGCAGUGGGAGUGGGAUCCGCUUGUGGGCUGGCCAACCCCAUUGUUCCGUCUAAUCUACUGAGCCGUCCUCUGCCGCCGGCCAUGUUGGAAGUCGUCAGCACCACUCACGACAGCAUCACGUUGUCGUGGCUGCCACCGGAAAGUGAUGGCGGAAGUAAAAUUUUGAGUUACGUGGUUGAACAGCGUGAGGUUGGCGGGGCAGAUGCUACAUGGUUCCCUGUUAAAAGAGUUGAUUCCAACGAUUCCCUGGUGGCCUGCAUUGGGGGGUUGAUCGAAGGCACGCCCUACCUCUUCAGGAUUUAUGCUGAGAAUAAAGUUGGGCCGGGUGGUUAUGUUCAGUUGAAAAGUCAUGUUACGCCAAGAUACGUUGAUGGCCGACCUUUGAAACCUGGCGGACCUCUGCGUGUGAUUCGUGUGACCAGAAACAUGCUGGCUCUUCAUUGGUCACCUCCUUACGAUGACUCCUCCUACCAGGUCUUGCGAUACGUCAUAGAAAAGAAAGAUGACCACGAUUGGACGGUAGCAGGCGUCUGCCCUGGUGACGUCACUGCCUACUGCGUCACAGAUCUGUUUGAGGACCAACCUUAUUACUUCAGAGUGGUUGCCGAAACGAGUGCAGGGAGGAGCGAACCUCUGGACAUGGACCUGCCUGUCGUCCCUAAGAGAGUAUUUGAAUCGGCGGCACAGUCCGACCUUGAAAAGCUCUACAUGGACUCCAGUUUGGAACCGUACGAGACUUCCGACCACCGUCAAAAAAUGACGUCAUCAACCAAUAGACAGUUCUUCACCUACUCCGACGAACCUUUAACUUCUACAUCUGAUUAUUUAUCGUUGUCUGAUUGGUGAGACGUGAGACACGCUACUCUUGAAUGUCAACCGCUAAACUCUACACGAGCACAAUUAGACUAAUUAGGUUGAAUUGCAGUUACAAUAUCAUUGGUAGCGAAUAAAAUAUGUAGUGCUGUGUAUUUAUUUAUUGAUGAUUGGUUUGCCACUGGCUAAAUACUAAUAUUGAGUUCUUUUAAUUUUUAUUUUUCUAAAAAAAAUGUUCACUACAAUCAUGUUGAAACGCUCAUCAUGUGUCUAAAAACUACGGGUAAUUUGUUUCAUCAUCACACGUUUCAAACAUUUUAUGAAAUAUGGUGAAUAUCUCAUAAUUAAUUAUUUGCUGAAGAUUUUGAGUUCUAUGUACAGUCGAAACAUUUUAAUAAAAGAUUUUUUGUGCAAUAUUUUGAAAUACGACAAACAUUAUUAUCGUUUGACGCCGACAAUGUUUUUAUUUUGUCAAAUUGCUCUGAACUUUCAACUUUUAUGGCUCGCGCGUAAUUCAAAAAUAUUUUUUCAGUUUUAUUUACGCUCUGUUACACUCAACACCCAAGUGCAUUUCUUCAAAUGAAUUAAUUGCCACUUUUAUUACUAUUAUUAUUUUUCAGAAUAUUAUUAUUAUAUUAUUAUAAUACUUUUAUUAUUGCCAUCGUUGCAGUUGUUCUUUCGUAUAUUUAUUCAUUCAGUUGUUAUUCAAUCAUUUAGAAUUUUAAUUUGAAAUUUCCUUAUACGUGAAGGGUUUGAAGAAUUUCACUACUUUUCCGAACCAGUUGAGAUAGAGAUUGGUGGUGUAGUUCUGUUUUGUGGAGUAGGCGAUCGUGGUUGCGAAUCAACUUGACGAUAGUGGUGACGAUGGUGAGUGCGAUUAAAUGAUGACGAUGGUGAUCAUGAUGGUUUCGUGUUCGUAUUGACACUGGUUUUGAAAUGAUGUAACGACCCUCAAAUUUCAAACUUUCGGUCAGGUACUGGUACGGAAGAAUAGCACGUGAAAUUCUUACACUCCUAGUUAAUUUAUUAAUUAAUAUUCAAUUAACUCAUUAAUUAACUAAUUACUUUUGCAAAUCUCAUUUUUAAUAAUUAUUAUUUGAUUAGACUUGCCGAAUUAGAAAUAAAUUAUUUUCAUUUAACAAAA